AUGAACAUGAAGAGCUGUUGUAGCCACAACCAUGACCUUGCUAGGUGCAUAGAGCAAGCCAUCCAAGCCAUGAACACCGUCCUGAAUCAUAUCAACCAAUCCAACAAUCAACGAACUUUAAACUAUAAAAAUAAUAACAACAAUAAAAACAACAACAACAAUAAUAAUAAUAAUAAUAACAAUAACAGCAAUGGUAAUGAUGGUGAUGGUAAGAGGAAUGAUAAAGAUAACACGGUGUCUCCAGAUGUGGGUGAACUUAUGCUGAAGGAAAAAUUCUUUGCCCGAAACAAAGUGACCAAUGAGAAGACGCCACUCUUCCUUUUCCUCUUUACUAGGUUCAUCUUAUUGGCUAGAAAGAAGAAUACUGAUAAGUACCUGGUCAAGAUUUUUUUUAAAACAUCCGAUGUUAUGUUGAUUGAAAAAGUUCCGAACAACCUUCUCUCAUUCAUCCUCAUAUCGAUCCAUGACCCUACUCAGUAUCUCAAACUGGAGAGCAAUAACGCAGCAACGACAACUUCUAUUAGCUCCAACGACAGCAAUAAUUGCACAAGCCGUUCUACACCAUCAAAUAUUCAAUUGCGUCAGCACUCGUCGCAAUCAUCAUCGCCGUCAAUAUCGUCGCGUUUGACACUUCUAACGCCACCAUCGUCAUCGUCGUCGCGAUUGUCAGCAUCGCCACCGUCAUCACCGUUAUCAUUUUUAUCGCAAUCUUCCUUAUCCUCUUCACCAUCGCCAUUCUCCCGAACGACCAGCAAAAGAAAAUCAUUCAUAAAUUGCGACGAAGGCCUUGGGGACAGAAUCUCUCAAUCGCACAUCCCUAACAAUGGCGACAACACUAAUUACCUGUUUACUCUUAAAAUUCCUAAAUCUAAAAAAACACUGAAAGAGAAAUUGAACCUUAGUAGCUACAAGGAGGCCAAGUGCAAAGAUGCUUGCCUCGAAGGCUGCUCUGGUGUCUACAAAAAAAUAAGCGACGCAUCCUACAGCAAUAAUAAUAACAAUUAUUAUUUUAAUAAUAAUAAUAAUUAUAAUAAUAGUUAUAAAAAUACUACUUUCACCACUGCUGAUACUUCUACUACUAAUAAUACAAACAACGUCAGAAAAGUUAUUACUGCUGAUUCUACAAGCAGCGGUUUGAAAAUUAAUAAUAAUAAUAAUAAUAACAAUAACAACAGUAAUAAUAAUAAGAACAUUAGAAGUAAUAAUGAUAACAGCGAUAACGAUAGUGAUACUAGCAUUAGCCUCUGCCAAACGUUCGAUUUUUAUUACGAAAACAAACUGCUCGAUGAUCUUGAAGGAAUAAGCGGAGUACAUCAAAAUAACGACGACGAUGAUGAUGGUGAAAGUUAUAAUAAUGGAAGUGAUGGUGAUAAUGAGAAUGAUAAUAAUGAUGAUGGUGACGACGAUGACGAUGAUGGUGGCUUCACUUCUAGCGAAUGUUCGUCUGUUAAAAAUUUUGAUAGUUUUAAAAAUGAUUCAGGCGUCUUGUAG